AUGUCUUCAGCACAACCAGUAGCCGAUGAAGAAAUGCCUUCAAAGCUUGAAAGCCAUCUUACACCACAUAGCAGUGCUGAUGAGAUCAUGUCGCUAUUCUUCUACACGAUGAGAUAUAAACGCCCAGAGAACCCAGACAAUGACCGAUUCAUCCUUUCAAAGGGACUACCAUUUGUUAAUGUGGCAACAGGAUGGCAUGGGCAAGGACUAGAGGCUGCCUGCGGGAUGGCAUAUACUGGCAAGUACUUUGACCAAGCCAACUACCAGGUGUUCUGUCUUCUUGGUGAGGGGAGUCUCUGGAAGGCAUUGGCCUUUGAAUCCUACUACACUAUGGACGAUGUCGUGGCAAUCUUUGAUGUGAACUGUAUUGGACACAGUGGCUCCAUGUCCAUUGAACACUGCAUUGCUGUCUACCAGAAGUGUUGUGAAGCCUUCGGGUGGAAUACUUAUGUGGUGGAUAGGCAUAACGUUGAGACCCUAUGCCAUGUGUACUCACAGACAGCUCAAGUGAGAGGCAAGCCCACUGCUGUGGUUGUCAAGACCUUCAAGGCCAGAGGCAUGCCAAAUAUUGAGAAUGCAGGAAGUUGGUAUGGAAAGCCAGUGCCAAAUGCAAUUAUCAAAUUAAUUGAGAGUCAGACACAGAUCAACAGGAUUCUUGAACCACCACCCCCUAUUGAGGACUCACCUCAAAUCAACAUCAUGGAUAUAAAUAUAACCUCACCAAUUUACAUAGCUGAUGACAUGGUAUGCAAAAAUAAAAAAAAAGCAUGUGGUUUGGCUCUGGCUAAACUGGGCCACGAAAACGACAGAGUUAUUAUGCUGGAUGGUGACACCAAGAACUCCAACCUUUCUGCCAUGUUCAAGACAGAACACACAGAGAGAUGCAUCCAGUGUUAUAUUGCUAAACAAAACAAGAUAAGUACUAAAGGUCUUCCACAGAAGCAUUCCAGAGAAACAAGAGGUGGCAUUUGCAGUGGUCUCCAUGAGCCUAACAUCAUAGAUCAUCAGCUGGCAGUGAUGGGAGUGCCUCGAACUGGGAGAUCCAGUGAAGCACUAGAAUUUUCUGGAAUCAAUGCCAGACACAUCAACGUGGCUGUAAAAUGUAUCUUAAUGAACCAAAUUAGCUGUUGGUUUUUGUCUGAGAAGAAUAGCCUCUUUUCUGUGUAUUUAUGCUCAUACCAAAACCAUCACUUAGAAAUGAUUCAGUAG